AUGUACGGCGCAGGAAGAUUGUCCGCAGAUGGGACGUUCAAGCGCGGGCAUGCCAAGGCAGCUUCCUCUUUCGGGGGAUGGUCGAACGCAGUCCCACCUCUGGGCGUAUCCGAUACCCUUGCCCUUCACCUGCAAUUUGUGAGUCACUGCUCAGUCUCCAACCCUCGUCGGUGUGCAUACUAUUAAAGUGGUGAAUUUCCAGGCCUUGCGAGGCUGCCGAGAUGCUAUGCAAGUGGGGGUCGUUCUGGAGAAGCUCUCGAUGGACAAGGUCGGCAACGCGUUGACUAGGUGUUAUCAGGUUCAUAGCACAUAUACUCAUUGUUUACGAGUCGCUGCACUCACAUCGCAGAUCGUGGCGAGCAACAUCGUGAAAAGCUCGGUGAUGCAAGGCGUUGUUCUUUUAUCGGCGCUCGCGAUCAAGCCUUUGGUCAGAUCCAUCUUCGGUGCCAAGAGCGGAGGAUCGACGUUCGUGUACAUUAUGUUUCUGGUAAGUCAGUCGGAGUCGAGACCGCGGCGUGCAGCGCCGUGCGCAGAUCUGACAAUCGGCGUCCUGGGAAUCGGGUGAUCCGGCACUGCAGGGGCUCUGGCUUUAUCCGAUCGCUUUUGCAGCAACGUACUACUCUGGGCUGCUUCGGCCGUCUCAAGAGACUGAUCGACGCGGAGCAAGUCGCUUGGGCUCGACCGAGAAUCGAGGUCUCACCGCGAGGAUAGCUGCCGAGGUGCGUCACAUUUCCUGCACCCAUUUCCAAGGUUGACCUCUGUGAAGAUAAGUUGAAAGGACCAAUCGACUCUUCGUUUACAGAGCCACAGAGUUUUGGUCACGAUCAACUAUUUCUUCGUCGUCAUCGUCUUGCGCCGCGUACCUUGGGUGGGCCCCCCUGUCGCCUUUCUGUUUUCUUGCAUCGUCGACAGCUGGUACUGCUGGGAGUAAGUGCCGCGCUUGCAGUGGACGUGGUGUCAACCAAGACACUUUUAAGACCAAAGUUUGUUAAAGGUCAUUCUUUUCUUUCUGGCCUUUGCGCAGGCAGCAAAUGGUCAAGUCUGGGUGGCCCUUCGCGGAACGUGUCAAGCAGCUGGACUCGCGCUGGGCCUAUCACCUAGGUUUCGGCCUCCCGAUCACUUUGCUCUCGUGGUGGAGGUAACUAAUCUCCUCAGUCGUCGAUGGGCUCGAUCGCUUGCUGAUUCAAUAUUGAAAUCUUGUUUCGCUAGUGCUGAGCCAAUAGUGAACCUUGCGAUCUUUUCACUCCUCUACCCUUUCUUCCAAGUGGCCGCCACAGCGUCCAUCGCACAGCCACUGGAUGCUUCGAUUCCGACGUCAGCUAUCAACAUCUCUUUCAUGCCGAAGGGACAAGGAUCUUUCUCUAUGGCUGCCGCCGAGGGGGGUGAAGAGAACCGAGGUCGUCGUGGGCACCCUUUCGUCCCGGUCCGCCUGCGAGUGCUCGCAGCUGCAGAAGUGGCCCACGCUGCUUUGAUGUUCAGCUUCGGCGGUGGUCGGAAGAAGGACGCUGCAGGUUCGGCCCCAGGGACGUCGAGUGCGUCUUCUGCUUCACGAAAUCGUUAUGGAAGUCAUCCGUCAUCGUCGUCGGGUACGUCGUCGCACUUUGAUCGCAGCAGCGAUUACACCUACAAUCCCUAUGGCGAGCCAACGUCAUCGGAUAAUCCAGCCUGGCGUCAAGGUGGAGAGAAUUAUGGCGCUCCUCGUCAAGAUUCCCACGCGUUCAAUCAUACGCAACAAGCGGCUUCAAGACGGGUUCACCUCAAUUCCGAAUCAAGAACGGGCAAUGAGCCGAGUUACGGUACCAUGGCCAAUCACCAGCACGGCAUCACCCAAGUUACGCCGGCGCGCUCCGGAUACUCCGAUCACACCCUGGAUUCACUCCUUCGUUCAGCCGCUGGAAGAAAGAAGGGGGACUGA